AGGACCUGGUGCUGGGCUCUGAGGGAGAGGAGCAGCAUCCACCACCAGAGGAGUGACCAGGAGGGCUGGGCUGAUACUACUCAGUGCAUUGCUAGGAGCUGCUGUGUGGCUACUGAAUGACAUCUACACUGUGCAAGGAAUACAGCACGAUGCACAGACCUCAAUGCAGUUGUGGAAGGACAUGAGGAACACAUAGGAAGGUGGCAUCACCCAGCACUGCUUAUGGUGAAUGCUCUGCAGAUCUGAGGGCAAGAAAUAGAUACAGCACAAGUUCUUGGCCACUUUCUAGAGCUCUUUUCUGAAGGAGGAUCUUUAUUUCUGGUCUGUCUUGGUGGCAAGGAGAAGACUCCAGAGAUGACCACCUAGGAUACAGGCUAAGCAUGAUUUGGGGUCAGAUGGAGCAGAAAGUACUGAAAAGCCAUGGACAGCUUGCCUCGGUGAAGGUCAUCUUUUCUAGGGAAGACUAAAGUAUUUGCUGAUUCUUCAGGCUUCUUGGGGGGUCUUCUUUUCCUGGAAUUGGGGCUCAUUCUUUAAUUGGAUGUCUGGUACUAUGUAAAUAUGGGUCUACUUGCUCCAGUCCUGCUGUGUGGAUUCUUGUGUCAGGUUCUUGGAUCUCGACUCCGUCAGGAAGAUUUUCCUCCUCGGAUCGUAGAACAUCCAUCAGACGUAAUUGUGUCCAAGGGAGAGCCGACCACAUUAAACUGCAAAGCAGAAGGCAGACCCGUGCCAACAAUUGAGUGGUACAAAGACCUAGAAAGAGUAGAAACUGACAAAGAUGACCCCCGCUCCCACCGAAUGCUGCUCCCCAGCGGAUCUUUAUUUUUCUUACGCAUCGUUCAUGGGCGAAGGAGUAAACCGGAUGAAGGAAGCUAUGUCUGUGUUGCCCGGAAUUACCUUGGUGAAGCCAUGAGUCGAAAUGCAUCACUGGAGGUUGCCUUGCUUCGAGAUGACUUCCGGCUCAACCCUACAGAUGUGGUGGUGGCAGCUGGAGAACCAGCCAUUUUGGAAUGCCAGCCACCCAGAGGACAUCCAGAACCAACUAUCUAUUGGAAGAAAGACAAAGUCCGAAUAGAUGACAAAGAUGACAGAAUUAGUAUUCGUGGUGGGAAGCUGAUGAUCUCCAACACAAAGAAAAACGAUGCUGGCAUGUACACUUGUGUUGGAACCAAUAUGGUUGGAGAAAGAGACAGUGACCCUGCUGAACUCACGGUAUUUGAACGACCUACUUUUCUCAGAAGACCAAUUAACCAGGUAGUUCUAGAGGACGAGGCUGUCGAGUUCCGAUGUCAGGUCCAGGGGGAUCCACAACCAACAGUCCGGUGGAAAAAAGAUGAUGUUGACUUGCCAAGAGGAAGAUAUGACAUCAAGGAUGAUUACACUUUGCGGAUUAAGAAGGCUGCCAGUAUUGAUGAAGGGACGUACACUUGUAUUUCGGAGAACCGGGUCGGUAAAGUGGAGGCCUCAGCGGCGCUCACAGUAAGAGUUCGCCCUGUUGCUCCUCCUCAAUUUGUGGUGAGACCACGCGACCAGAUCGUAGCUCAAGGACGGACGGUGACAUUCCCUUGUGAAACGAAAGGAAAUCCUCAACCUGCUGUUUUCUGGCAGAAGGAAGGAAGUCAGAAUCUGCUUUUCCCAAAUCAACCACAACCCAACAGUAGAUAUUCAGUGUCCCCAACUGGAGACCUAACCAUCGCCAACAUCCAGCGUUCAGAUGCCGGCUACUACAUUUGCCAGGCUUUGACAGUAGCUGGAAGCAUAUUGGCAAAAGCCCAGCUGGAAGUGACUGACGUCUUAACAGACAGACCACCUCCGAUAAUACUACAAGGCCCAGCCAACCAGACAUUGGCGGUAGAUGGGACCGCAUUGCUCAAAUGCAAAGCAACGGGCGACCCCAUGCCAGUCAUAAGCUGGUUAAAGGAAGGAUUAAAUUUUAUGGGACGAGAUACAAGAUUAUUCAUCCUUGAUAAAGGAUCACUACAGAUUAAAUCUCUAAAGACCACUGAUUCUGGCACCUACACAUGUGUUGCUACAAGUUCAAGUGGUGAAACUACAUGGAGCUCUGUUCUGGAAGUGACAGAAUCUGGUGGAGCAACCGUAAGCAAGAACUUGGAUAUAAAUGACUUACCUGGGUCACCAUCGAAGCCUCAAGUUACUGACGUCAGCAGGAAUAGUGUUACUUUGUCUUGGCAAGUGGGCACUCCAGGAGCCCUGCCUGUGACAUCUUAUAUCAUUGAAGCCUUCAGCCAAUCUGUCAGCAAUAGUUGGCAGACGGUAGCAAAUCAUGUGAAGACCACGCUGUAUACCGUAAAAGGGCUUCGACCAAACACAAUAUAUCUUUUCAUGGUGAGAGCCAUCAAUGCUGAAGGUCUUAGUGAUCCAAGCCCAAUGUCAGAUCCUGUGCGAACACAAGAUAUAAGUCCAACAGUUCAAGGUGUAGAUCACCGGCAAGUCCAGAAAGAGCUGGGAGAUGUGAUUGUUCGACUUCAUAAUCCUGUGGUCCUUUCACCUACCGCUAUCCAGGUCUCCUGGACGGUGGAUCGUCAAUCACAGUUCAUCCAAGGAUACAGGGUGAUGUACCGUCAGACAACCGGUCUGCAGUCUCCAUCAGCAUGGCAGAACUUUGAGGUCAAGGUUCCAGCUGAACGUAGCACCACGAUCUCCAAUUUGAAAAAAGGAGUUACUUAUGAGAUUAAAGUUCGACCUUAUUUCAAUGAAUUUCAAGGGAUGGAUAGCGAGUCAAAGUCAGCCCGGACAACGGAAGAAGCCCCGAGUGCUCCUCCGCAGUCUGUUACAGUUUUGACAGUCGGGAGCAACAAUAGCACAAGUAUCAGCGUCUCCUGGGACCCUCCUCCGUCCGAUCACCAGAAUGGAAUAAUUCAGGACUACAGGAUUUGGUGUCUAGGCAAUGAGACCCGGUUUCAUGUCAACAAAACUGUAGAUGCUGCUAUUCGUUCAGUGGUGAUUGGAGGACUUUUUCCUGGGAUCCAGUAUCGGGUUGAGGUUGCUGCAAGCACGAGUGCUGGGAUCGGUGUAAAAAGUGAUCCUCAACCUAUAUUAAUCGGAAACCGCAAUGAAGUUUUAAUCACUGAGAAUAACAACAGCAUCACCGAGCAGAUCACAGAUGUUGUAAAGCAGCCGGCCUUCAUCGCAGGAAUUGGUGGUGCAUGCUGGGUAAUUCUCAUGGGAUUCAGCAUAUGGCUGUACUGGCGCAGAAAGAAGAGAAAGGGGCUCAGCAACUAUGCUGUUCAGUCCUUCACCUUUACCCCUGCAGAUUCCCCCGAUACAACCAUGCACCACAAAGUUGCACUUGGCACAAAGAAGGGGAGCUGGCACAAUGCAGUCACGUUUCAAAGAGGAGAUGGAGGACUAAUGAGUAACGGAAGCCGCCCAGGACUUUUAAAUCCAAGUGACCCUAAUUACCCAUGGCUUGCCGACUCCUGGCCAGCUUCUAGCAUGCCCGUAAACAACAGCAACAAUGGACCAAAUGAUCUGGUGAAUUUUGGAUGUGGAGAUGUACUGCCAGCAGCACCAGGCCAGGGAGACAAAUCAGCGACCAUGUUGUCAGAUGGCGCCAUUUACAGUAGCAUAGACUUUACUACCAAAUCAAGCUUUAACUGCCAAGGACAAAUAACCCAGACCACGCCGUACGCUACUACACAGAUAUUGCACUCCAACAGCAUUCAUGAGCUGGCGGUGGACUUACCUGACCCGCAGUGGAAAUCUUCAGCUCAGCAGAAGUCUGACCUGACCGGAUUAGGGUAUUGUCUACCUGACCAAGGCAAAGGAAACAACGCCUUACUUUACAUUCCUGACUAUCGUGCUGAGGGAUUGUCAAAUAGAAUGCCACACAACCAGUCACAGGAUUUCAGCACCACCAGCUCACACAACAGCUCUGAAAGAAGCGGCAGCCUUUCAGGUGGUAAAGGAGGGAAGAAGAAGAAGACCAAAAACAGUAAUAAGUCUCAGAAAAAUAAUGGUUCUAACUGGGCUAAUGUUCCACUACCUCCUCCACCCAUCCAACCCCUUCCAGGCACUGAGAUAGAACAUUAUGGCUUAGAACAUCAGGAAACAGGGUAUGACAGUGAUGGAUGGUGUCCUCCCCUACCAGUCCAGACAUACUUACAUCAAGGCUCUGAUGAUGAGCUAGAAGAGGAUGAUGACAGGGUUCCUACUCCACCAGUACGUGGCGUUGCAUCUUCUCCAGCCAUCUCAUUUGGCCAACAGUCUACAGCAACACUGACACCAUCACCAAGAGAGGAGAUGCAGCCCAUGCUCCAGGCUCACCUGGAUGAGCUAACAAGAGCCUACCAGUUUGAUAUUACAAAGCAGCCCUGGCAUUUACAGAGCUGCAGCCAGCCACCACUGGCCUCCAUUCCUCCAAUGGGAUAUGUGUCAGGAGCUUUUAUAUCCGACCUAGAGAAAGAUCUACCCGAUCCUGGUGAAGAGGAUGAAAUGAGCCGUCCUCUCCGAGGCCUAGAGCAUACUCCAGGAUCCAGUAUGGACAAUCUGGACAGCUCCAUCACAGGUUCUAUGGUAAAUGGAUGGGGGUCCGCAUCUGAUGAGGAUCGUAACUUUUCUAGUCGUAGAUCUAGUGUAGUUAGCUCUUCCGAUGAUUCGAUAUUUAUGAACGGCAACUUUGCACAGUCACUCGUUGCAGCAGCAGAUAAAGCUGGUUUCACACUAAAUGGAACCAGCCUAUCAAGAGCAGGAAAAAUGCAAUCUUUUUGUCAAAAAACAAGACCUUCAAGUCCAUUUUCUGGGGACAGUAACAAUUCAGUCAUGAAUCACAACAACCAAAGGCCAAGACCUACUAAAAAACACAAGGGAGGCCGGAUGGAUCAGCCUCCUGGAGUUCGAAGAGAAGGAAUGAUAGAUGAUCUUCCACCUCCACCCGAACCUCCACCUUGUCAAAGUUUAAGACAGCAAAUGCCCAAUCAACGUAGUGCUCCUCCAGAAAGAAAAGCCAGUUCUCUUGAGAGGCAUACUUCCAACAUGGAGGAUAGUAAGACCUCUAUGGAACGCCAUGGUAGAACAUCUUUAGAACGGCAGCGGCAAACACACGAAUGGCUUAGCUGCACAGAUCGGCAAAACAAACAUGCUUUUGGCUCAGAUGAAGUGCUCAUGCCGUACAGCAAGCCAAGUUUUCCUUCACCUGGAGGACAUAGUUCUACAGGAACCACUUCUUCUAAAGAGUCCACUGGACCAAGGAAAGGCGACUUUAUGAGAGGUCACCAGCGCAAUGCCAUUGAUUUUCUUGAUGUAGGAUAUUUGGGGCCAAACAGUCAAGGACAGUUUACAGGUGAAUUAUAGUACUGAAAAGCUAUGACACAAGCUGCUCUAUAGACCAGUCGGUCUGGACUGAUGAAAGUCACGAGGAAACUCAAAAACAGUGCAAUGGACAUUCAUUUAUUUAUGUAGGAUUGGAAGGACUGUAAAUGCAAUGUAAAGCCACAGAAAGUCACACAUAUCCCACAGACAAUUUACUUUCUCCUUCUCUUAUAUACACACCAUCCACCUUAAAUGUUUCUCGGCAGAAAAACACAAAAGAGGAACAAGGAAUCGGCAUCAAGGAGGAAAAAAAAACAUUUUGGCUUUGUAUAUAUUGUUUUUUUUUUUCUUUGAUUGCAUUCCUAUGCAAGCUUGCCCUCUUUUGUUCAUAUUAUUCUUCUUAAUAUUAUUGUCUGUCCUUAUUGUUCUAUUGUACUAUACUGUAUGUGAAUUAAUAGGCUGUGGUGCCAUAUAAAAAAAAGAAAAAGAAAAAAAAAAGAAACAAAAAAUCUUUUGUUUAACUGUGUAACAUUCAUGUUUAAAUUUUGCACUGCAAUUUUUUUCUUUGAUGAUAAGCACAAAACCUUACUCCUUGUGACGUGGAGGGAAGAGACUGAAUGUGACGGGACGUUCUGUACUAUAAAAACACAUGGCAUAUUGCUACAGGUACUCUAUCUGUGCAGGAUCACACGAGUGGUAUUACCUGGUAUACAGAGAAGAAGAAAAAAAUACAGAGAUUCUGGCGAAUAGAUUGGAACAACAAGGAUCUAAACGAAGCAAUAUGUUUGUUCUUUCUUGCUUUGAUUAUGGUGAAGAUCUAUGUCAUUGUUAUAUGAGAGUAUGAAUACAUGUAUUCACUUGUGGACGUGCAUGUAUGUACAAUUUAUAUUUAUAUAUGAGCAUAUAUUUUUGAAUAUGCGCAUAUAUAAGUCACGCACAUUUGUGUAUAUUAUAAUGACUAACAUCCACUCUGGUAAUGUUGACUUAAGUGGAAUUUUUUUUUUUUUACCUCUUUUUGAAGACAGCCGUAGGAUAGGUAGAAAAGCCUUAAAUACAUACACUUUAGGGAAUUCAGAUCAAUUAAUGAAUAUAUCCCUUUCUCUUUCGGUUCAAAGAACCAACUGUUAGAGACAUGUAUCUUCACAAGCUAUCUAUAGGCAGGGAUCAACUGGGCAGUUUUUCAUAUAUAUAUAUAUUGUUGGCCUGUCUACAUUAAAUUCAUAUUUUCCAAGGCCCUAUUAUUAAACGAUGCUAUAGGGGUUAUACUUCAUGGUUGGAAAGAAGAGGAUGAUUAUCUUCAAGUUCUUACAGUACACUGACUGCUGGUCCAACUCAUUAGAAUGCAGAAAAUAAUGGCUGUUUAGUCAAAGUUAUCUUGAAUUUGAACCUUAGUUUCAAAACACAAUAAUUUUCCUUAUUUCACAUCCAAACUCUGAUACAUAAAGGGGUUUUCUGGUUUGCAUCACCAUCCUUUAAAAUGAUCAUUUAUGAUGGUAGCUGUAAUUUUAUAAUUGCAUUGUAUUGCUCUUAGCUUCCAUUCUGGGCUGUGGUCACAUGACCGUGUCCAUGAAGCUCUUUCUUAUUUCCUGUGAUGUUAAGUCAAUGGGCGGGGCAGUGAUAGGAGACUGUCUAUUUAAUCAGCUGGGUGUGAGGAGCUAUAAACUAGCUGGGCUUUGUUAGGGGCGGUGUUGGAGCUGAGAAAAAGGAAGUGCAUCAUGGGUUUGGUUGGAUACAGCAACAGGAAGUGCUACAUGCAAGAUCGAAAUAAACCACAGUAAUUUGUUUACAUGGUGAAAAUGGGUCAGGAAAAAAAGGAAAAGCAUGGGGAAGAUGUACAUGAGGUAAGCAACUACAUGAGCAUUUCUGUUAAAAGCCAUAGCAAUCCCAGAAAAAAACCUUAGGCAGAAAUCCAAAUCAUUAAAACAUUUUUUUGCACUAGAAUGUCAUUAGAAAAGUUUAUGUAGGCAUCUUUUUCAUAUAUUUUUCCUAUAUUUCUUAAAUGAUGACAUCAUCAUACUAUACUCAUUCUAAAAUAGGGACUCAUUCUUACUGCUGGUCCAUCUAUUUAGGAUUUAGACCUAAACUUAUACAUCUGCUUGUUUUUUUUAGCAGGGCAGAUGUAUCCCCAUAGCAUGGCUUGAAGCAAUUUUUCCUUAAACAAUUUACCCAAAUCAAAAAGUUAUUUAAUAAAAAAAUAUAUAAUUUGCAGUAAUAAUGCUAAUUUUUUUUCUGUCUCCCUCAAAACUAACCAACGCAUUUCCAAGACUUUGCUAUUACUUGAAUUUUUUCAUUGACUCUGGCUCACAUAUUUCAAAAAUAUCAAAGGUGUUCCAAAAAUUUCUCUCUUCAUCUACACCAACAUGGUCAGUUGGAGUCAUGGCAAAGUAUGUGUUAUACAACUGCAUAAAUAUUAAUUAUCUUACAACAUUAUAAUUGAGAUUGCCCCAUUUAAACAAAAAUAAGAACAUUCCAGGGCUGGGGGUUUUGGCCAUGUUCUGUUCAUUAGUGUCAUAGUCCAAUAUCUCUAGGCAAUAGCAGCCAAAAUUUUUAUGCAUGAAGUAAUGACCUUUUGAACUAUUUUCGAAUUAUAAAAUUCUGGGUAAAAUCUAGAUUUGAUUUUGUACCAGAAGCAGUGGAUAGGGCCCCCAUGGUACUAGUUAAUACUACUACAUGCAUAAUUACCUGGGACUUUAACAUUCUCUAACAUUGUAGGGUUCAUUUUUUUAUAUGCCCCAAAUUUAAACUUUCUAUUUAUUAUGCAAACAUUUGAACUAAAUUAGAAAAUUUUAAAUGCAAAAAAAAUUAGUAAAUAGCAAGUAUUUCAAUAAUGUAAAUACAUUUUGAAUAAUUUUAUGAUGUAAUACAAAGACAAAAAAAUCCUUAUCUUAUUUAAUACUACAGGUCCCUAAUAUGGAUUGAGCUAUAUGUACUGCCGCAAACUUAAUGAUUCUGGGUAUGAAGUACCAAAAAUACAAUUUUUUCAAGAAGGACUUUGAAACUCUCAUUUCCCAAUCUUGCUGUUGCGAUAUUUUACAUCUAUUGUGUGACGUUGGUAUCAAAUAGCUGCAGAGAUUACAAGGAUCAUUAUGAGGGAUUGGUGGGGUUACACAUUGGACAGGGAAGCAUGAGAUUGUAUCCAAUUCUGGCCAUUUUAUAAAGAUACACCAAUGUAAGCAACGAUUAUUCUUGCAUUUCUCUUUGUCAUUUUGUAAAGGAUAAAUGCAAUGUACAGAAACUUGCUUCAUCCCCAAUGGAAGAUUUUCUACACUGUACCUAGGAUACAUUUGUUAACUGAAGAAACAAAAGGCCAUGAAAUGUUGAAAAAACAGAUUUUUUUUUCUAGAAUAUUCUUUUACAUAUUUUUUUGCGUUUAUGAAGAAUAUUGGUCUUUAUAGAGUUUAUAGGAAAUGCUAACCUGACAACCCGCUGAAGUCACUAUGUCAGUUCUUUCAAUGUAUGUUCUACCUUUUCCAUUGGCAAGUGGUUGUAACAGUAUUAAAAAUGUGCAUUCUCAUGACAUUGUCAAGCUGGUAAAUAUUUUUUUUGUCACCACAGAUGUUUUCACCUGUGUAAAUUAGGUCACAAGCCAGGGUCAAAUAUGUCUUUUUACAAAUAUGAAAGGACUUGUUCUUAUGAAUUAAUAUUCUCUGACUGAAUAAUACAUAACAAAAGAAAAAAUACUGCUGUGUCUUCCUCUCCUUUACUUAGCAGGCUGUCACAUUGCCCGGGUCAUGACUGGUGUCCGGAUGUACCCGGGUCUAGGAAACAUAGCCAUGGGGCAAUAAGACUUCUGUACUGCAGUACCACGAAAAGUGCCCA